GCAGCGCAUACACUACAAUGGCUGCUGGAAAGAGGCGUAAGGAAACAAUUUCCAGGCCCGCCGCGUCCAGCCCGAAAUAUGAGAAAAAAAUUAUUAGAAAUUCCGCGGGCGGUGUAAAGGCGGCGGACGGGCCGGAGGGAGGAUGUUAAAGCCCCGCGGUUGCCUCUUGGUGGUGCCUUGGCUGUAUUUGGCACCCAGAAUGCUUCAUUCUGUGAUGGUCUAUUAAUAAGAUUGCCUUGGCUAGAGUUAGAGCCUCAGGUCAGCCAACAUGGGAAGGAUUGGAUUCCACUCUCUUCCACGAAGAGUUAAUGGGACUGGCUAAGAUCAAAGUCUGAGGCUUUUACCAUCUGUAAUCAGUCCCUUUUUGCUUUCUUUUACGACCACAUGAAACUUGAGAAGCCACCUAAAGCUAUAUUUAGUGGAGUUGGGCAGUUCCCAGUGUCCAACAAGAAGGCCUGGUUUAGGCUGCGAUGGCCACUGUCAUUCCUGGUGAUUUGUCAGAAGUAAGAGAUACCCAGAAAGUCCCUUCAGGGAAACGUAAGCGUGGUGAAACCAAACCAAGAAAAAACUUUCCUUGCCAACUGUGUGACAAGGCCUUUAACAGUGUUGAGAAAUUAAAGGUUCACUCCUACUCUCACACAGGAGAGAGGCCCUACAAGUGCACACAACAGGACUGCACCAAGGCCUUUGUUUCUAAGUACAAAUUACAAAGGCACAUGGCUACCCACUCUCCUGAGAAAAGCCACAAGUGUAAUUAUUGUGAGAAAAUGUUUCACCGGAAAGAUCAUUUAAAGAAUCACCUUCAUACCCAUGACCCCAACAAAGAGACAUUCAAGUGUGAAGAAUGUGGCAAGAACUACAAUACCAAGCUUGGGUUUAAACGGCACUUGGCCUUGCAUGCCGCAACAAGCGGCGACCUUACCUGCAAGGUAUGUUUGCAGACUUUCGAAAGCACAGGCGUGCUUCUGGAGCACCUUAAGUCGCAUGCAGGCAAGUCAUCCGGGGGGGUAAAAGAAAAAAAGCACCAGUGCGAGCAUUGUGAUCGCAGGUUCUACACCCGGAAGGAUGUCCGGAGACACAUGGUAGUGCACACGGGAAGAAAGGACUUCCUCUGUCAGUACUGUGCACAGAGAUUUGGAAGAAAGGAUCACCUGACUCGACAUAUGAAGAAGAGUCACAAUCAAGAGCUUCUGAAGGUCAAAACCGAGCCAGUAGAUUUCCUGGAUCCAUUUACCUGUAACGUGUCUGUGCCUAUAAAAGAUGAGCUCCUUCCAGUGAUGUCCUUACCUUCCAGUGAACUGUUAUCAAAGCCAUUCACAAACACUUUGCAGCUAAACCUCUAUAACACUCCAUUUCAGUCCAUGCAGAGCUCAGGAUCUGCCCACCAAAUGAUCACAACUUUACCUUUGGGAAUGACAUGUCCAAUAGAUAUGGAUACUGUUCACCCUUCUCACCACCUUUCUUUCAAAUAUCCAUUCAGUUCUACCUCAUAUGCAAUUUCUAUUCCUGAAAAAGAUCAGCCAUUAAAGGGGGAAAUUGAGAGUUACCUGAUGGAAUUACAAGGAGGCAUGCCCUCUUCGUCCCAGGAUUCUCAAGCAUCGUCAUCUAAGCUAGGGUUGGAUCCUCAGAGUGGGUCCCUAGAUGAUGGUGCAGGAGACCUCUCCCUGUCAAAGAGUUCUAUCUCCAUCAGUGACCCCCUCAACACACCAGCAUUGGAUUUUUCUCAGUUGUUUAAUUUCAUACCCUUAAAUGGUCCACCCUAUAACCCCAUAUCGGUGGGCAGCCUUGGAAUGAGCUACUCCCAAGAUGAAGCACAUUCUUCUGUUUCCCAGCUCCCCUCACAAUCACAGGAUCUUCAGGAUCCUGCAAACACUAUAGGUCUGGGGUCUUUACACUCACUUUCAGCCGCCUUUACCAGUAGCCUAAGCACAAGCACCACGCUGCCACGUUUCCAUCAGGCUUUUCAGUAGGAUCCUGGGAACGUGGACUUAGUACAGAAAUGUAUGCAUAGUCCUGCCUUAGAUGACAAUUUUACUUGUAGUGCCUCAUUUAAGACAAUAUGAAAUUUUCUGCUUUUGUAUAGUACCAGGUUUCAUUAAGCCAGUAUAAAAUAGAAAUUAGCUUCUCCAGUGAGCUUUAGAACCGUUCAUGUGCAGUUAUGUUUACUUGGGUAUUUUAUCCUGAUUCACUGCCAAUUGCCAUAGUCUAAGAGCUUUAUUUCCAUAUAGAAAAGCCAUUAUUAUAUUAAUAAAGUUUUACAGGUUCCAUAUUCAAAUUAUUUUUAGACCUUAAUUUUUACUUUUUUCCCAGUAACAAUGGCUUUACCUUUUGACAUUUGGCUCAUUUUUUUUAAUUGCAAUAGAAUGUAAAUUUCUUAAAAUGUGUGUGAAUAACUCAGUUUAAAAAUUUUUUACUAGCCACUAAAUGGAUUCAUAAUCAAAUGUUUUUAAAUAACUUUAAGAAUACAGUUUUGGAGACAACAGAUGUUCCUAGAUAUACUAUAAUUUCAGAUCUGUACCUAUUUUGAAGACUUGCUAUUGUCUGUCUAAAGUAUUUGCUACAAUAUUAUGAACAUAAUAAGAGAAACAAAACUUAAAUACAAAGCACCAGUAUUUGUAGCAAAAAGCGACUCUUAGUAAGGUAAUAUAGCAAUCUAUAUUGAUAGUUUGCCCUUGACUAGCACACAGACUGUUUUGCUGGGUUUAAGCCUUUUUAACCUUUUAACUUACUAUCUUUUCUUUUAAUAUUAGCUUAUGACAUUGGAGUCUUCAGCAUCAGUAUCUAGAUAGCUCUCUAAUCUUUUCCACCUUUCCCAGCCAGAGGGUGGCUCAGGUACACCAGCAAUUUUAUUCUGUUCAUUGGUCCACAGUUACUCCAUAAACUAGAGCCAUUGUGGAACUGUGGGCAGUAGAGAUAUUAAUCCCAGCCUCUGGGAGUGGCAGAUGCUUAAGCAGGAAGGUAGAUGUAAAGCAUUCCUUAAAGCUGGGAAUUUGCCUAUGGGGUCAUGUCUGGUGUUACCAGGGUUGAAAACGAGGCUUGAGGAGUAAAGUAAAACCAUAUCACUUCCAUCACUUCCUGCUGAAUUUGAUAUAUCUUUCUCUUAAGAGCCAGAAGCAGAAGACAAAAACAGCAAUCUCGCUCCUAUGAUGUCUUCUUAUUGAGUUUGACUCUAGCUUUUCCUGGUAUUUCCAAGUAGAGAAUUUAAAACUUAAACGCAUCAGAAAACUAUUUGAGGAAUUACUGCAGAGUUUUAUGGAACUAAAACUAUAUACAGUAAAACCCCACCUUUACACAUCUCUAGGAAAUGGGAGAUAUGUUGGAAAUAAGUUUAAUUUGUAGAAGAGUACAACGUACAAUAAAACACGUUUUUUUUUCUUGAUAUGAAAACAGAAAUCAAUAUUGUAUUCGCUAAACAAAAUAGUGAUGGGCUUUCCUCACGUUAGACAACCACCAUCAUCUGUUCAAAGAUCCAGUUAUAUUUUUCAAGGAUCAUUUGGACAUCAGCCUAGGAAACUUACCUACUAAGCACUUGAUAACACCUUAUUUUGGGACCCCAUCUAUUGGGGUAGGAACAAAACAGAGAGAUUUAUAGAAGAGCAAUACUCUUAAAAAGAAAAAAGAAAAAUUAUUUCUGAGCACUCAUUAGCCCUAUCUGGAGCUUCUUUCCCUUUGUGUAGGGCCAUUUAUAACUGCAGGUUGCAAUGUUUACCAAGCAUUUUAAAAAGGAGUGCAGAUUACUGAACAUAAGACAUUAUUUAAAAUAUUUGGGAGUAGUAUAAUUUGUGGAGAAAAUGUAAAUUGUAAUAAUGUAAAUGGGGGUUUCACUAUAUAUAUAUAAUACACACAUACACACAUUUAUCGCACUUCAUAGAAUCAAAGUUGCUCUCUGAAGGAGCUGUGGCUCCUGAUAUUUUAUCAUGCUCCUAUUUUUUUAAUCCCAGGAGCAGUAGUUUUUAUACUUAUGUAUUUAAAUUUUAUUAUGAGAAAUGACAUUUUAUUAAAAAAGUGUGUUCCAAAGGCAUUAAAAUUAUAUAUGUUAAUAAGAAAGUACAUUAAAAAAAUUUCAAACUGCUCCUAAGCUUUUGAUUAGGAGAAUAUUACACGGAAAGUAGGCUUUUGCUCUGCUUCAUUACUGCUUCCUUUAGUUUCUAUGAAACAGAUUGCUUACCUAAAUCUGCAGUUGAAUGAUUAGUGUUCAAUAUUGCUUUAAUCACCAUAAAAAAGGAAAAGAGAAAUUUGGUGACAGAGCACAAGUACAUAGAAAACCUAUUUUUUAAAUAGAUAUCACAAAUGGCAAGUGUGGAAGCAUUACUUCGUUCUGCUUAAAUUUUGCUUAAGAAGUCAAAUAAGUAAAUUGAGACGUUGGCCUUCAAUAGGCUGUAUUUUACUUUUAACUAAAAAAAAAGGGAGUGCCUGGAUUUAUGAAAUAGAGCAUUUUGGAAGUGGGGAAUGGCGCCAUAUAUGUAUGUAUAUAUAUACACACAUAUAUAUGUAUAGAUAUACAUAUAUAUGUUUUUUUUCUUCUAAUUCUAACCUGACAUAGAAUUCAAACAGUCAUCUUCAGGGCAACAGUAUUAAAAUUGUGGAGUCUUAAUGAUCUUACAUAUACCUUUCUGCCUCUUGUUGCCCCAUAGAGUUGAGAUAGCACUUCACAGUAAAAGAGAAAUCAGCUAUACUUUUUUUUACAUUGACUGAAGUGGUCACUAAACCCUUUUUGAUAGAGUUUCUAUUAAAGAUGAGGCAGAUUUGUUUAAUUGCACAAUAUUCUAAUAAGAAUAUAACAUAUAAUUGGCUUUUUUUAGAAAAAUUGUAAUUUGUUUUUAUUUGAAGUAGACAUGAUUGAAAAUAGUCAUUGCCAAUGCUGUUUUGAUUCUUUAGUACCCAGAAUCAUCAUUCUUGACAUUUCUGGUAGUGCCUUAGCUUGGGGAAGAAAUGGGGGGAUGGUGUUAACAUUAAGUAAAAAUAUAUUAGUAUAGAAUUUGGACCUCAGACAAGAUAUUGAACCUCAUUCAGUUUGACUUCCACAUGUGUGUACAAACUACAUCACCAGUCACAGAAGUGUGAGUGUGGAGGCAUCUUGGCACUGUAAGCAAUAGUAUCCGUUGGUUUAUACAAACACCUACCGUCUUUAUAUAGUUACUGGUCACUUAAACUUUCAUUUUAAAAUCCUAUUAUCAAAUCCAGUUUUUAAAAAUUUUGAUUUUCCUGGCUGACCAUGCACCACUCUUUGUGCAACUUUUUUAUUUCAUUUAGUGUUUCUUUCAAGCUGUGUAUGUUUGCCUAUUUGUUGCUUGUGCUUUAUUUUUCUUAGUCAUUUGUGGAAUAUAGUGUGAUAUUGUGUUAAUUUGGACAGUAGCGGUUUUUAAAAACCAUAUACUGACUGAAACAUGAGCCAGAGCUGAUUGCUUUAUUAAGCUAAUAAUGAAUGUUAUAGAGUACAUAUUUUCAGGAUCAUUCAUCUAGUGAGCAAUACACUUAUUAUAGGCCAAUAUUUUUUUAAUAGAGCUUGGUCAACCUCUAUACUACACAUAUUACAAGAUAUAGCACUUUCAAAAUGAAUCGAAGCCUUUACAGAAACUUUCUAAUAGGUAUGCCUUUUAUUUUAAGACUUAAAAUUUGUUUCAAGUGCCAUUAGAUGAUAUAUAUGUAGGCCUUUGAUAUAUAAUGCUUUGUGUACAAAAAUGGUAGAUGGUAUUUUAAACAGGUACAUUUUUACAGUGUUUUCUUAUCAAUUUGCUAUAUUGCACAGAAUCAGUGUGUGUCUUUUCAUAAGGUUUUACAAUGGUUUAUUUUUUUACAAGGUUUACGUGUCUCAAAGCACACUGUCUUCCCAGUCUGUAAGUUAAAAAAUAUCAGUUCACCCAAGUUGCUUCUAGCCUACUGAGAUCCAUGUGACAUCGGAGGAGAUCUUUUAAAUGUUGAGUAUUUGUCAUUAGCAAUGGCAGGCUGUUUCCUCUGACAAAUAAGUGCCUGAGUUGAGUAUGUCUUUGUUUUUGUUUCACUGUGUUAACUGCCAGGUCUACAACACAGAUUGUAUGUGUUGAUGACCUCAGUCCACAUCAUGUGUGUUUGUGAUUAAAAGCCCAUAGAGAGCUCCUUUUGGAUCAUAUAAAACAAGAUGAUACUACCAACCUUGGUAAUGGCACACUUAGGUCACCAUGAAGUCCUUCUACUAGGUUCUUAGCCCUCUGAGGGUGGAAGGCGGUGUCAUUUAAUAAAUUAUCUAGCUCCAUAAUGACACAGAAGUAUUGCUAAUGUAUAAGACACUUCAUAAUAUAAGCUGCAGUGGUACAGACAAACCAGAAUGAAUGUCUAUCUUCUCAGAAACACUCCUUCCAUAUUAUAUUGGAUCAUGCUGCUAAUGUAACUUGGGAUACAACUCUUCAUGGUGCUACAAACUUCUCUGUCUUGUUCAGUUGUGUUUUUUUAAUCCAUAGGAAAAGGACUGCUUUAGGUGUAAAAGUGUACAAUAUAUUUUUAUACUGUGACUUAAUUUGUCAUUAACAAACUUUUACACCACCACAAUGUAUUCAUGUGCACUUGCAAAAGGAGAUCUUGGAUGUGCAAAUGUUACCAGAACAAACCCAGCUUUUGUCCACAAGGUGACUGUAACUCAGAAUGGAAAGUGGGCUUGACAAUGGAGUGUGGAGUGAAGAACAUGUUGUAAGUUACUAACAGCCCUUUGAAUUUAAGAAAAACUGGGAAUCCAUUAGGAAAUGGAUUACAUCGUGCCUCAACAUAAGCUGGACUGCUGAAAUUGUAUUUGUUAGCUAAUGAAAAAGUGUUUGGACUAGUACUCUAAAAAAAUGUUCUAAUGAUAAAGUUUUGAAUCAAAAUAGAAAAAUAUCUGCAUUCCAGACUGAAUUUUGUAUAUUUUUAUUGCAUUUAAAAUCGCUAUUCUGUGAUAUUGGGAAAUCAAGUGGCUUAUCAUGUAUAUCAUGUACUUAAAAUGUAUUCACAAACUACUGUUGUAUUUGUAUAAAAUAUAGACAAAGAUCC